AUGAGCGGCUGGGGUCGUUCCUUCUUCGGUGGUUCGAAUGCCCGGUUCUCGCCCUUUGGAAGCAGAGCCUACCCUCCCAAUGUCACCGACGAAGACUUCUCCUACAUCACAUCCCAGGACCUGGCCCAGCCAGGCAGGGCAUACGAUCCCCAAGGCCGCGCGCCACCAUCUAUGCAAGCCGAAGACGACGUCCUCCUAAUCAAGAACAAAGGUGUCACAUACCCAGUCAAGUUUCCCGCCUACAGCAUCGGCGAUGGCAAGCUACAGGUGCGGGAUGUCAAGGAGCGCGCAGCAGCAGUAAUGGACCUCCCAAAUGGCAGGAACAUCAAACUGCUAUAUAAAGGCCAACAACUCAAAGACGACUACAAGCCGUGCAGAGACUACAGCCUCAAGAACAACAGCGAGGUAUUAUGCGUGAUUGGCGAAGCACCAGAAGGGAGCGACAAUUCCGGCGACGAGGACAGCGCCAGCGCUCAGGAGGGAGGCGGCCUCUUCUCUAAGAAGAAGCGCAACCGCAAUAAGUCGAAGAAGAAGGGCGGAAAGAAGAAGAGCGAUGCCAAUCUCUCCCCCAACUCUGGCGAUCCCAGCACAGCGACCUCACGAACUGCGUCCCCCGCUCUCCCAAAGACGGCGAUCGAGAAGCUGGAGGCCAUCUCCAGUCAUUUCCAUACCAAGAUCCUACCGCUGUGCGUACAGUUCACGCUCCACCCGCCCGAAGAGCCGAAGAAGAAGGAUUUCGAGCAUAAGAAGUUGAGCGAAACUAUCAUGAAUGAGGUACUGUUGAAGCUGGAUGCUGUUGAGACGGAAGGAAACGAUGAGGCUAGGGAAAAGAGACGAGCUCUGGUUAGAGAGACACAGGGCGUCCUGAAUGGGCUGGAUGCGAAGAUGGGGCACCAGUCAUAA